UGUGCAAUGCUGCUGGCUGCAGCGCUCGCAGUGUAUAUUGGAACGUGCCCUUAAUCGUCUGUCUAUGGUACAAAUAUAACAUUCAAUACCAACAUAAUAAACGAAAACAUAACCUAAAACUCAAUAAAUUAACUAAGGUUUAUGCAUUAUUAUUGUAAACAAUUACUUGAAUUUUCUGACAUUAUAUAAAACAUUUAUAAUAGUUAGCCCAUAAAUAUUUAUAUGACACAAUAAUAUUACUUUUUUGAGCUGAUACUUUGACAUUUAUUUUCGCGGUCGCCUAACGUUGUAUCUUUCAUUGGACCGUACACCGUACUGAAUCCUGUUGACGUUUACACUUUGGCUUAAAAUAUAUUUAAGAGGGAUUCAAUCAAUUUCUUAUGAGUAUCGCAGAAGAUAUAGCGUAGAUGUGCCACAAUGACCUCAGACCUAUGUGCAGAUGAUGUGGUUGUACGCAUUACAACUCCGCAGAUAAUUACAUCGCAGACCCUGGUGGCCGGCGGAUCCGGGGGCGCGGGGGCGCGCGUGGCGGCCUCCUCCGCCGCCGUGGAGCUCGGCCGCCGCCUGCUGGUGGCCGCGCGCGCCGGGGACACGCAGCUCGUGCUCGACCUCAUGGCCAAGGGCGCGCCCUUCACCACCGACUGGCUGGGCACGUCGGCGCUGCACCUGGCGGCGGGCGGCGCGCACGCGGGCACGUGCGCCGUGCUGCUGCGCGCCGGCGUGUCGCGCGACGCGCGCAGCAAGGUGGAGCGCACGCCGCUGCACCUGGCGGCGGGCGCGGGCCACGCCGCCGUGGCGCGCCUGCUGCUGGACGCGGGCGCGGCCGUGGACGCGCGCGACAUGCUGCGCAUGACGCCGCUGCACUGGGCGGUGCAGAACGGCCACGCGGCGGCCGCGGCCGAGCUGCUGCGCGCGGGCGCGGACCCCACGCUGCGCAACAAGUUCCGCAAGUCCCCGCUGGAGCUGGCGCGGCGCCUGCGGCGCGCGGACCUGGUGCGCCUGCUGGAGGACGCGCUGCGCCAGCGCGAGGCGGCGCGCUCGGUGUCGGCGCUAGUGGACGAACAAAUGGCAGAAGUGUCCACCGCAGAACCUGAGAUAGAAACAUUCGAUGCGGUACAAAGAAUUCAGGAAAUGAAACAACCGAGGCCAAAGCAGAACGAUAAGACAAUAAAGGAAGAAUCAAAAAUUGAGGAUGCGGGCGACGGCUCGGACGGCGGGGGCGCGGGCGGCGGCGGGGGCGCGGGCGGGGGCGCGGAGGGCGCGGGCGAGCUGCUGCGGCGGCACGGCAUCACGCUGCUGCCGGCCGACCCCGGCGGCACCGUGCUGUCCGCGCUGCAGUGCGGACGGACCGUCGUGCUCUCCGACGCCGGCAAAUUGAUGUUAAAGGAGAGCAGCGAGAGCCCGUCGCCGGCCGCCAGCAAGGCGGGCUCGGUGUCGACGCAGCCGAAGGGCGUGGUACUGACGGCCACGCCGGUGAAAUCGCCUCCGAAGCCUGGUGUGAAGAUUUUCACUCUAAACAACAAACUCCUCGCGGUGCCCAAGGACAACAAGAUACCCGUUAAAAAGAUUAUUAACCCGCAAGACAUGCAGGUGAAAUUCGUUCAAUUGCCUCCCGACGCAAAGUUAAUGUCUCCUUCGAAAAUAGUACCAAUGAAGGCAAAGAGCAGGAUGGCAGUGCGGCAGGGCGCGGCGGGCGUGACGUCACCGGCCGCGCGGCCCGCCGUCAAGAUCAUCAUGAACAAGUCCAACUUCCACCGACUGCUCGCCACCGCCGGAGCCACGCAGGUGUCCACAAACGCAGCGACGGUCGCGGAUAGCGAGUUAGUAGAAGGCGAGGAAGAACUGGCGCUGACAGAGGACAUGUCGUCCGCCGACACCGACAGCCCCGCCGCACUCCGCGCGCAACUCGCCGCCGCAACCCGCGCCCUCGCCGCCGCACGACGCGACCUGCGCCACGCCCGCGCCCGCCUGGCACACUACGAGCGCCUGCACGCCCUCUAGUGCCUGGCGCCGCCCGCGCCCGCCUGGCACACUACGAGCGCCUGCACGCCCUCUAGUGCCUGGCGCCGCCCGCGCCCGCCUGGCACACUACGAGCGCCUGCACGCCCUCUAGUGCCUGGCGCCGCCCGCGCCCGCCUGGCACACUACGAGCGCCUGCACGCCCUCUAGUGCCUGGCGCCGCCCGCGCCCGCCUGGCACACUACGAGCGCCUGCACGCCCUCUAGUGCCUGGCGCCGCCCAUUUUUUGAAAGUUCUCAGUUAAAUGUGGGACAUUCAACUAUACCGGGUGUAUUUGACAGCCCUCUACAAAGACUAGUUGUAAAGGAAACUGGCGGGUUUAUAAAGAAAAACCGGCCAAGUGCGAGUCGGACUCGCUCAUGAAGGGUUCCGUAACAGCAAGUAGAUGACAUAAUAUAAAAGUUAUAAAAUAACUUGGUUUUACAUAGUGUUUGUAUGAACGACAAUAUUUGCGGUUUUUGAAAAUGUUUUAUUUCUUAAAAACUAAUAAUGAUAUCUGGUUCAAACCAAUUUUCGUUGUUAGUUUCUAUUGAAAUCUACAGCAUAUAUUUUUUUUAGUUUUCUCACUCUCUUAUUUUAAAAGUUAGAGGGGGGACACUCAUUUUUCCACUUUGGAAGCGUCUAACUUUCAAACGGUUGAUUUUGACGAAAAAUGGUUUUAGGAACCUUAAUAUCUUUUUUAAAGACCUAUCCAUAGACACCCAUCACGGCUAUGUCAGCUGAAAAAAAAAUUUUUUUGAAUCAGUUCCAUGUAUGGAGUGCCUUUAUUUUUUUAAUUUAAUAAUUUUUAUUCAAAAUUCGAAUAGCGGUUACUGAAAUACAUCAAUCUACAAAGUUUCAACUAUAUAGGCCCAACAGUUUCGGAAAUAAAUGGCUGUGACAUACGGACGGACGGACGGACGGACGGACGGACGGACGGACGGACGGACAGACAGACAUGACGAAUCUAUAAGGGUUCCGUUUUUUGCCAUUUGGCUACGGAACCCUAAAAAUGGCCUGUAUUAUGAUGAUAAUAUGAGUACUUUUUUCAAGAACUUGAGGUAAUUACCAUUGGACACAGAAAUGAAGUUAUACUUUGUUUUCAUGAAAAACCUUGAAUUGAAUCAGAUUGAAUUGCAGUAGAAGAGAAAAAUAAUAAGUCAUCUAUACUAAUAUUAUAAAGAGGAAAGAUUUCAUUUUUGUAUGUUUGAAAAGGCUCUUUCGGUAUUUCUUCUCAGAGUAGUCCGUUAGGAAAUGCAGACCUCAUCUAGAUGACUUUUUAUAAUUUUUGACGUAAACAAAAAAACACGAGGGUAACUUAUUAUCCUUUUGGGUUAGAUUACCAUUGCAUGCCUCACCGAUUGGAAUAAUAACAAUCAUGAAUUUAAUAUCUACCAACACGUACAUAACAUUCGUUGAUAUUGUUGAUGAAAUAAAAAUAAUAUAGUGCAUCAGUGUUGCGAUAUAUUAUUAAUAAUAAUUACCUAUAGUUCUAAUACGUUAUUAAACAAUGAAUACCUGAUACAUAAUAUCAGUAAAUAAGGAUCUACACGUAGGUAUUGAAUAACAUUUUAGGUAAUUCGUAAAUCAAUUUGUGAGAUGUAUCGAUUCAAUAAAUUAGAAAAUAGGAGAUUGGUUGUAUUUUAUAUUAGUGCCAUUAACAGAAACUAAGAACAAUAGACUUGUUUGACCAACGCUAUACGACUUCAGGCCAAAACCCGCCAGUCUCCUUCCAGUUGUGCGCGGAAUGUUGUACGCCGUAAUGUUAUAUUAACAUUACUAUACAUACCUAUUUCUAAUGAAAUGGGAGGAACUAAAACAACUUUUCAGUCUAAACUCUUCAGGGUUUACUGAAUGUUGCUGUAUAUUUAAUAUCUGAAAACGUUAUUGCCUAUUACAUUGUGUAUAAUAAAAGUUUACGUGUGAAUAUUGUAAAGUAAACCAAAUAAAAGAUGUAUAUAAAAAAGAUUUUGUGAUAAAUAAAUAUGAUUAAGCAAAUAAA